AAUUCCGUUUAAUACUUUUUAGAUGUUAGUUCACUGAGCAAAACAUAAUGAAACAGCACCAAGUCUUGACUGGAUCAUCGAAUCCUGGCAACCACUGUUACGACAUUGGACAGAUUUCCAACUUCACAUUUUUUGCAUAUGGGUCCGGAUGCGAUGUAGUCAUUUCUUCCUCAUCCAAACAUCCUCUGCAGAUUCUUACUUACAAAGAUGAUGUAGUGGUGAGUGCUCUCUCAUGUAGUGAGAACAAUGGCUACAUUGCAGUUGCUUACGCACAUAAUAUUGUACUGUAUUGGCCGCAAAGAAAUUCAAUCAAUCAUACUUACACAUGGAGUCAAAAAUCUUCUUUUGUUCUCGAUGAAAAUGAAGGCCAUGCGAAGAUUCUGUCAUGGAAUUACGAUGGCUCCCAACUUUUAACUGGAUCAUCAAUGAUUAGUUUGUGGAAGUCCUCCAGUGAUGAUGAAGAUGAAGAAGGAUCAUCCUCUUGGAGUUGUGCAUGGAAGAGUGGGAGCGAGGAGCAUCCGAUCGAACUCUCAUUCUCUCCAACUAACUCUGCAAGCCAGCUGUUUGCUUCCGUGACCGAUGGAGAUUGCAUGAUCAAAGUCUGGUUUCCGCACCGAAAAAAAGAUAACAGGGACAUUGACUUUACUUUCACAUACCUUCUACACCCACAACCAGUUGUCGGCUUUGAAUGGAGAAAGAAUUUUGUUUCCGGAAGAUUUGAAAUAUUUUCCAAUGUUCUCAUCAGUUCAUCAAGAGACCAGAUAUGUAGAAUCUGGUGUGAGACUAAAUCGCCCACUUCACAGUUGCUGAAAUUCCAAUCAAAACAACCCACCCAUCAAUCUAAAAUGGGUCAAAACCUCAAUCAACCUAGACAAGUGAUGAAAGCAGCUACGGCACCUGCCAUGUCUUCACUCACACCAACUCCAACCAGUUCAAGCGGGAAAAGAGUUUCAGAAAACCGUCAUUUCCAUCUUGCUGCUUCCAUCAACCCUCUUUCCGAUAUUCCUUUGUUACCUUCAGCAGGAGAGCAGCGACUAAAUUCGAACAACGACACACAAGUCACUACGUUUACUAUACACUGGCUAAACAAUAAAUUCCACCAAAGCAGAGUUCUUCAAAACCAGCUUUUACAGCAAGUAAUUUCGUCCCAUAAUAUCUUAGAAGAGGAAGGCCUUACCAUGAGUUCAAGUGACAGCUCUCUAUACUUAAAUGCACCAGAAGUUAUCGAAAAGUUAGUUUACGACUGGAUUGAGUCCAGAGAUGCUCUCUUCUCCAUUCACCCUGCAGAUGGUUCACUACUGGUGUGGCAUAUUGAUUGGUUAGAUGAAAACCGACCUGGUAGAAUCAGACAGCCUCAAGUUUGUUUUUCGUCAAGAAUCCCAAUGGCAUUUUCUAGUGGAGAUGCUGCUACUCUGUGCCCUAAUGUUAUCCUCUUUGUAAACUUUUCCACCCAGCAAAAUCUUCUUCACUCUGCCAGCUGCUUCAGUUUAAACCCUCAACAGAAUUCUGCUGAUGUCAGCACGCCUGACAUAGUGUACACAGAUGUUCAACUGCUAAGCAAGCACACUGAUGGGAGUCUAAACUUGUGGCAAGUUUCCUUCAGCGACGAGAAUGAUUUCUCAUCCAUCAUGAGCAUCUACCACAUCACGCGUAUAUGCGGACAUUGUUUCCAUCUAUCAGGGAUUCUCUCGCAUCCCAUACUCCCUCUUCUUCUCACAACAGCCUCACAUCAAGUGGCAAGUCCUCUAAAACCAUCGGAGGAAAGCGAUCUUAUCUUAUGGAGAGUUGACCCUGUGGGGCCUUUGUCAUUUUGCGGAGGUCUCUCAGAGCUGACAAGAAUUAGCAACGACCAGCACAGCUUCACACAUGUGUCUUGGUUCCCUGUUCUGUUCCCUGCCUGGUGUUUAGGUCGUACCAACAACUCCCCCAGCACAGCUUUAAUAGCUAUUGGCAAAGACUUUAUCAAUAUAUACCAAGCGCUAGUUGAUGCUGAUGCGAUUUUAACAGAAAUCAAUGCAGCUCAAACAAUUUCGACAGAGAAACCUGCAAAACGGAACCUGGUCUCACAACAAUCUUCUGCCCAUCCAGGCUGUCUUCUGCAUCUGCUUAAUUUGCAAGAGAAAGUAACAAAUGGAGGAAACAUGCUUCUUCUUGAAACCUUUCCCGACAGUGCAAUGUGUGGAUCGGAAACAACAAAAACCAGAAACUGUCAUUUUCAAAAAUCAUUCUUCAUUGUCAUAGUUGAACAAAAUGAACAAGCUGUUAUCCAUACAUGGAAAGUCACAUUCAAGGCAAGUUUAUCCUCAGUUAAAGAAUUAAGAAGCAGAAGAACCACUGUUCGGAUGUCGGACUCUUCUGAUGAUGACAGUGUAGAAGAUGAUGUGGAAGAUGAAUCAACCUCUUUCUCAUUCAUAGAUGUUUCUUUGGACAAAAUCUCAAGUGAAAACAUUCAGCUACCCCACCCCUCUGCAAAAGUUCUGAGUGCUUGUUCUGGUACUGGAAGAUUUGGUUUGUUGCUAGAUCCGAAACAGAAGACUAAUGUUUAUAAUUCUCCCUUCCAUGUAUGCACUGCAUGUGAUGAUGAUAAUAUUUACUUUUGGUGCUACUCUGCUACCCCUAAUCCUGUGACAGGUCACCAUUGGAAUAUAUGGAGUGCUGACAACUCCCCUGGUGGUAGCGUGAGGGUUGAAGGUAGGCCUAUCAUUAUCAAGGCUGCAAAUCCUACACUGCUAGCUUGCCUGCAUAAUAAUUUAGAUGGUAAUUUCAUGGUGACUGUUUAUGAAUGUGCAUCCAGUGGCGGUUCAAACUGGAUGGAACAGGAUCGAAUCCAGUAUGAUGUUGAGGAUGCAUGUAAAGAAGAAGAAUUCCAUCUUGACUGGUUGUCAAGGGAAGAAGGCUCAUUUUUUCUUGCAGUUGGUUACGCAAGAAAUAUUAAAAUCUAUUCACUCUCCCCCAAUGACAUCAAAGGAAAAUCGAAAAAGGAGAAACAAUCUUCAAACUCAUUUUCACCAAUUUCGCGACAAGUUUCAUUAGACGCACACACCAGACAAAAGCUGUUUGCUUCAUCCAAGUUGAAAUCGGCAGAAAUGUCAAUUGAGGAGUUUAAUGUUGGCCGGACUUCUCAAGAUAAUGAUCGUGUCAAUUGGAGGCUAUUGCGCUGGCGGUUACUUAAGGAUUUAAAUGUCUCUUCCAACAAUGUUACAUUUAGUCAUUCGAAAUAUUCUUCAGUAGUUUCCUGGGCAAGAGAUGGGAUUCUGGUAGUUGCGACGCAAACUGAAAUGUACGUCUUCUGCCCUUGGAUGGAACAGGAUAAACAGUCCACAAAAAGUGAUAUGAUGAGUUUAUCUGAAAUUGCUGACAAAGCUUGUCCAACUUUGCCACAGUAUCAUCCUUUAGUGCUGUCCGAGCUUAUGAACAGUGGGCAUAUGGCAGUGGUUAGAGAAAUUCUUAUAAACCUUGCAAUUUGCAUUAAUGGGGAAUUUCAUGACACUGUGUGUCAAUCAGAAGUACUGCAAGUUGAAAAGUAUCACUUUGCUGAUAGCAUGAUUAAUACAUCAAGGCUCUGUACAACAGGAAAUAACAUCACACCUCUGGCACUGAACUCUCUUCUGGCGGACAGUGGUCACCUGCAGUCAAACUUCACUAAAAAAGAAGAAAGUUCUUCUGAUCCAGUUGGAGAAGCCCAAAAAAAUGUAGUGGAAACACUGGACGAUCUGGAAACACUGGAUGACUUGCAGAUGGAUGAAGAGUCUGAUGAGGAGCUAAAUGAUAUCCUUGGAAUUAAAUCAUCCAAAAAAAGAAACAAGACUUCAAGGGAGCAGGUUGAUCUUGCCAGUCUGGAGCCAAACUAUUUUGGAAAAGAGCAUUGCAAAGUAAUUCAUGAGUUUCUUGUCAGGAACCAGUUACCUGGCCUUAGUAGCUUAGAUCAAAUGGAGUUAAUGGCCUUGGCUGAUACAUUAGAGAUGACAAACGCUUCGAAUCUUCAUUCUAACUCACCAAGUAAUGAAGAUGAGGUUUCUGGACAUGGUUUCCGAGCAGGGGAAAGAGGGUAUGCAGUGUCUGGAGGUGGCGGUGGUUCCUUAGAUAACUGUGGUCUGCAAUAUGUUAUGGCCCUGCAUAACCACCUAUGUCUACUCAAUUCACUUCCUUCGGUGAAUAGAGCAGUCUUGUUAAAACAAGGUUUAGAUUCAUGUCAUUUUGCAUGGGCUUUUCACUCAGAGGCAGAAGAUGAGAUGUUGUCUAUGUUACCGAGUGUUCACAGAGGUUCUCCGGAGUGGAAAGAACUAAAGUCUCUCGGAGUAGGAUGGUGGAUUCGUUCCAAUGUCCUCUUAAGGAGGUUGAUUGAACAGACAGCCAGAGCUGCUUUUCUGAAGAAUAACGACCCAUUGGAUUCUGCUCUAUUCUAUCUUGCAUUGCAAAAGAAAGCUGUGCUGUGUGGUUUGUUUAAGUCAGUUAAAGACACCAGAAUGUAUGGAUUUUUUCAGAAUAACUUCCGAGAAGAGCGUUGGCGUGUAGCUGCGUUAAAAAAUGCAUUCGCUCUUAUGGGAAAGCAGAGAUUUCAGCAAGCAGCUGCAUUUUUCCUACUAUCUGGCUCCGUACACGAUGCAGUUGAAGUCUGCAUUGAGAAACUGAAGGAUAUACAACUUGCGCUUGUCAUCGCGCGAAUGCAUCCUACCAAUACUGUGAGUGAAGAAAAACUGUUGUUGAAUCAUGUCCUUGGUGAAAAUGAUUCCUCCCACACUGUCAAUACAACGACUUCUGAUUCAUUUCUUCGAAGUAUGUCAUACUGGAUACUUGGUCGCUACAAGGAAUCGGUCACAACAUUGGUCGAAAAUGUUCGUCAAGAAGACAUUACAGAUAUAUUCAAUUUUUACAUGUUCUUAAGAAAUCACCCCAUAGUCCAGCGCAGUCGAGCUGUUGAAGCAGCUUCAAGUCCAACUACAAAUCAACCCAAUAUAUCAGAAAAUGAGCGUGGACUUAUUUUCCAAACUGCUGUAGUUCACCUCGAGGCAGGAUGCCCUGUGUUAACACUUGAUUCACUCUCCAAUCUUCCAAACAAGGAGAUAAAAUCUGCAUCUCCGGAUGUUGUUACUCCUGUGAAAGAAGAAGUUCAGGAGGUUCCGGACUGGAGUGCUCCUGUGGAUCUUGGUGAUGAUGGAGGCUUGGAUCUCUAUUGGAGUGAGGAUGAUGACGAUGAUAUGUCAGAUAAAAACGAUCCCGAUGUUCCAACAAUUACCAUCCAGCCCUGUUCCCCUCCACAAGGGGUUCCUCACCAAGAUAAUGAACAAGUUGAACUCGCUGCAUUUUCUCAAGACAUAUUCGCCAAUCACCUUCGCAUGACUGCUUGUUUAAAAAUAUUCGUUCAAGAGCUUCAAGCCAUCGCCAAUGCUUAUAACAUGGAUGGCGGACAACUACGCUCCAAACUUUACAUGUGGUUGGAAAAUGCUUCAAAAGUGAUGAAUAGGAUUUUUGGGAGCCAGGAGCAUGAUUCACCUGGGAUGCAGCAAGUUGGUCCUCUGCAUCACGGAUCAUCCUCAGAUGAAGAAGCAUCAAACUCUAUUGAGAGCAUGAGCAAUCGCGCAUCCGGAUUAAGUUUAGCUCCAUCUUUGCAUGAGCUGAUCCUCGCUGAUAACCAAGAUUGGAAAUCCCGCCGAAGUGCUUUGACCCGAAGGCAUAAGUGGCUUCAGCGCAACCACAACUUUAUAAGGACGCUCCUCUCAUACUGCAACCUGCACGACUCUGCUUUUGGCUCAUUAGCAGCUCUAAGGAUGGAGCUCCUGCUUCUUCUUCAGGAGUCUUUACAAGAUCAAACCUCCCCACGACACCUGGCAUCUCCUCUUCCACUUCCGAGCGCCAACAUCCCUCUCAUCAGUUCCAUUGCAUCUUCCUGCAAAUCUGUGAUCGCUGACCCUCUUACCCAUCUCUGUCACAUGACGCACGAUAUUCUAAGAGCAAUCCUUCACUUUGUCCAAGCCCCACACCCAACUGACAACAGCCAGUCAUACACAAGUACAAUGCUUUGCUGCCAAGCUGCUGCUUUAUCAUCAUGCAUUUAUCAAAGCCUGUGUGAUACUAGUUCCUCCAGCUACAGAUCUAAGCUGUUUAAAGUCGAUACAUCAAUGGAAGAUUCUCAUCCUCCUCGGAACCAGGCUCCUGAUGUCCUUACCUACAUCCCUCCAACAACAGCUCCAUCUCAAUGGCCAGGAGUUCCUCUUCUUCAAUCGCUCCUCAACUCUCAAGCAUCUUCCGGAGAAAACCGAACCAAGAUCAUAGUUCUUCUCACGGAAGCUACGGCAUCAGUUUACAUCAGUCUUGUAAUCCAUGCUUUGAGAACACACAACGCAUCCUUGUUAUACAGACUCACAAACCACAACUUAGGUACAAAAAUGUGGAAUGCCGUUUUUGGAGGUGGCGUGCGACAACUGAUCACUUACUCUACUCCUCAUACAAAUCCAGAGGUUCCCACGAAAAGUGUGCAAAAAAUGAGAGAUCGUCUCAACAGCAAAGUCCUUCUCACAAUGAAGAGACUUAGUAUCGGGUCCUCCGGACAUCAAUCCUCCUCCACGAAGGAAAAGUUUGUUCCUCCAGAGAUUAGUUUAUGGGAUUGGUUUCUCACUAAACCGUUCACCAGCCUCAGUAACGAUGCGAUAAACUUCGAUUCUGAUGCAGAUGUUGAGGAAGAGGAAGAAGAAGAGUCAGACACAUACUCUGCACUUAGUGACCCAAUUGAUGAUGUUGCUGCUUCGGAUCAAUUAGAUCCUGAUUCAUACAGCUGGAAAAUCCUACGUUUAGUGAUCGUGCAAACUGUAAUCAAAAGUCUGAAAGGAUUUCUUUCACUUGCUGGUCUUGAUAUUAAUGAAAUAAGUGCAAAUUCAUCCCUACUUGCUGCCACACUAAGAAUUCUGCAGGAUUGGCUGUCAGAAGCUUACUGUGCCCUAGAAGAAUCUUCAGGCCCACCGACAGACUUUCUUCCGUCAUUUCAAAACAGCGACUCAAACUUUGGUGGGCCUCGACCUGCUAUGCUACGCUACCAAGCUAUGCUUGAACCUAACAACACACCGUUUCAUCCAGCUACAAGUAAGACCACAGGUUUGAUUCGUCUAUGGCACAGCCUAGUAAAAAAGGAAGAGUUGCAAGAGACAUUUAUUAAAUACAUUUACUUGAGGAAGAACAAGACUGAAGAGGAUACUUCUGAUACUGGAGACGAGUUUUCCACCCAUGGGUCUUCAUUCAGCCAAAAAGUGAAGAUUCUCCACAAAGAACCGGAUAUAGUGACAGCUUUUUGCAUGAACAGUGUCAACAAAAACUGCAUCGCUCUCUCCUCCAGCAAAGAAGUCAUUGAGCUUGAUCUUUCGAUGCUCCUCGCAUCCGAUGCAUGGGCGUGGGUGGAAGAGGCCUCCACACCUAUGGAGAGGACAAGUUCUGUAAAAGAUGAUGAAGAAUUCCUCUUCGUUUCAACACCAAAACCUGGCAAGACGCAUCCAGUGAUGUACCCACAAAGCGCGCAAGUCUCUAUCCCAUGGCAAACUAAAUCUCUAACAGGCCAAGGAGCAAAUGUGCUGUUAAAGCGUGCAAGAGCUACUGUUCGUCGUCUCGAAUCACACCCAACUCUCCCAUACUACCUCACAGGCAGUGCUGAUGGCAGUUUAUGUAUGUGGGAAUGGGGCCACCAGCACCGCAUCUCACAGUACAGAGCUGCGGGGCAAUUUGCCAAGGUUUCUUCCGUCCAUUUCAACUUACUCGGCAACAAACUAAGCUUAGUAGAUGGGGAAGGUUUCCUAACUCUCUGGCAAGUGAGUUCGCCCCAGAAAUCGUUUUUCCAUCACCUGGUUCAUGACAGAGGUGCAAGUGACUGUUGUUUCUUAUCAUCUGCAAGUGUGAUAGCAACUGCUGGCCUCUCCACCUCUCACCGUAAUGUUGCAAUCUGGGAUACUUUGAUGCCAAAACGAAGCAUGCUUGUGAAAGAUUUUCUCGUUCACGAGCAAACUGGUUCGUACUGUCUGAAAUAUCUUCCUCGAUAUCGGUCGAUUCUUGUUGGGGGAAAAAACGGGGUUGUGGCUGCAUUUGAUGAUCGUAGUAUGAAUGAACCAUUGGCAAAAUUUAUAGCUCACGACUCCGCUAUAAAAUGCUUAUCCGUGGACCCCCAUGAGCGUAUAUAUGCUACUGGAUCUACCAGCGGUGACGUUAAAAUUUGGGAUGCAACAUCAAACCAGUUGUUGAGUGCAUGCCCCAACGAACACACACGCUCGUCGCUGUUCAGGAAUUUUGGUUUCGGGACCGUCCAAAUUUCGCUGACAGACGACCAGAUUUUCACAUGCGGUGCAGACGGUUCAUUAAAAAUGAAAAUAUUACCAAAGUUCAAAUUACGAUAAUUUUCCUUCAUCCUUAUGUUUACUGUGUUGUGUAAAUGUUGUGCAAUAAGUUGAUGUGUUAUCUCGUAUGUGAACUAUUUAUUUUUCAUUAAGGGAUCAUAUCGUGUUAAACCUACAUUAAUACUAUUACCAUUACCAUCUGUGUUACAAAUUUAAUCAAUAAUAAUUUUUUCAUGCAAUAUUUCAAUUGGUUGCGAUUGCUAGAGUUAAAUUCAAAGAGUUAAUGUUAAAUUCAAAGAUGUAGAUUACCAAAUAUUGAUAUAUUUCCUAAACUGUAUUAAAUCAAUACACCUGUAAUGUCUGUCGUGAAUACAUAAUGUGAACAAGUA